AUGAAGCAGCUCAGCGAUUUAUUGCAAGUUGUAGAAAGAGAGAAAGAGAUCAAUAGAAAGCAACUAAGCAAAGCCCUCAAGAGCGCGUUACUUGCGCUCGCCAAAAUCAAGGACACCCCUGACGAAGCCACCCUAGAAGAGAAGGUAGAUCGACUGCGCACAGAGACAGUGAAAGGAUAG